AUGCCUUUAAUAUGGUCUGUGCUUUGGCUUCUGCCAUACACCGCGACCUUUAGCCUCAUAACACCUACACGGGCUACUUCACUUGUCCCAUUCGCAUAUGAUCCUCUUCCCUUGGGCAGCAUCACCGCGAACGGAUGGUUAAAGACUGAGCUUGAGACCUCUGCUGCAGGUCUCGGAGGUCAUUUGUACGAUUUUUAUCGAUUCGUGGCCAAUUCAUCAUGGAUUGGCGGAGACCAGGAAUAUAGUGACCUGAACGAGGCACUGCCGUAUUGGGUGAAUGCACUCGUCCCACUUGCGUAUACCACGCAAGAUGAACGUCUGAAAGCACAGGUCCAUGAUAUAGUCGAUAACGUGCUGGGUCGGAUUCAGCCGGAUGGAUGGAUUGGCCCAGAGACGUUGGAGAGUCGGGAACGGAUGAUUUGGGCAAGGACGCUUCUGUUCCUUGGUUGGAUGAAUCUUGCUGAUGCAAACUCGACUUAUGAGGCUCCGAUUGUUGAUGCGAUGCUCCGUUUCAAUGGGCUUAUGAACACCAUGAUGAAAGACAAUGGAACUGGAAUUAUCUGGCACGAGGGCGACAAACCUACCGUUGAUGAUUUCUUGUGGCUUCGUUCUCGUGUGGAGGAUAUUAUGGUUAGCGUGGAGUGGCUUCUGGAUAACCAUCCUCGGAAUGAGACCAAAAUAUUGAAGGAGAAUCUUGAAAUGCUUCAUGAAUAUGGGUACAAGUGGGAAGGGUGGUACACCGAGGAGAGUUAUAUCAAGGAAGACUUUUAUGAUUUGCCUCAGUCCGUCACGGAUGAUCUGUGGCAAUUCCUUCACGGAGUGACGAUUGCUGAAGGCCUGAAGUACGCCGCCGUUGUGAGACGCUUUACCUCCAAUGACAGUCUUUUAACCACAGCCAAGAAUGGCGUGGACUGGACCUUCAAGUAUCACGGAGCGCCAAGUGGUACAAUCCUCGCAGACGAGCGAAUCGACGGAUUAAAUCCCUACUACGGAUCGGAGCUCUGCACACACGUCGAGACCAUGUAUUCUCUUGCAUACAACUAUAUCGCAAUCGGCGACCCGGGUUACGCAGAUCGAGCCGAGUUGACUGCAUACAAUGCCCUCCCUGCUGCCCUGAUGGGAGAUUGGUGGAGUCACCAGUAUAUGACGGAGCCCAACCAGCCAUUCUCUAAGAAUCUAUCAGCUACCCCAUUUUAUGACGACAACUCUCAGGCCAACACGUUCGGUCUCGAACCUAACUAUCCCUGUUGCACUGUGAAUCAUCCCCAAGGAUACCCCAAGUUUGUGCUCUAUUCCUAUGUGAAAAAGGGAACAACCGGCCUUGUACACGCCCUCCUUAGCCCCGGGAGCGUGCAGACAGAAAUCGGCGGAAAGAAGGUCUCUGUCGAUUGCGAAACAGAUUAUCCAUUUGCAAACACUCUUUCCUACACGAUCGACAGUGACACAGAUUUUGAUUUCUACCUCCGCGUGCCAAACUGGUCGACAGAUGUAUCGAUCCAAGGCCUGGACACACCAUCAACAGACCCGACAACCGGACUAAUGAAGUUCAGCAUCUCGACUGGAACGACAAAAUUCACCUAUACUUUGGGGAUGGAGAUGACAACAACCCCUCGGGCCAAUGACACUGUCUCGGUCUACAGAGGUCCACUCUUAUACGCACUAUAUAUUAAACCCGACAUCUCAUCCGCUCCUCCCAAAUUUUAUAACAAUCAAUCCAACUACCCGGCUGGCACAUAUCCCAGCCAGGCACAAGAUCAUGUCCUCCUAAACACCACAGAGUGGAAUGUCGCCAUUGAUCCGACUACAUUGGAAUAUAACCCUGGCUCUGGCUCUCUCCCCGAACCUACAUUUCAAGAUGGUGCGCUGCCUAUGUACAUGACUGCAAAAGGGUGCUUGAUUGAUUGGCCAAUGUUCCUUGGGUCUGUUCCAGGGUCACCUAUCCCGAAAGAGGACAGGGUUUGUUUGGGUGAUGCUUUCAAUGUGACACUGAGGCCGUAUGGAAGUGCGAAACUGCAUAUGUCGGAGAUUCCUACGAUUGAUCUCUCUGGGCAGGAGGAGAUGUGCUCGUAA